AUUUUUUUCCGGCGAACAUCGACUCUCAACCUCAAGAAGAAGAAGAAGCUGAACAAUUCGAGGGAAGGAAACGGGAGGGGGAAAUCAGGAUAUCUGUUGAAUCGAGGAAGAAUAUAUUUUGAUGUGGAUCAAUUUUGUUAGUUCUGGUGAUUUUUCUUUGAAUUUGGAUCUUACAGAUUUUUCAUGGGACUGAAUUUGAUUAUUACUAGAUGUGAUCAACCUCUACUCCGUAAGUAGAGAUAUCCAAGUUUCCGAGUUCGUCUUCCUACUUAAUGCCAUAAUCAGGGGCUAUUCUAACUUCUAAUAACGAACUGUAUCAGGAGGCAUUGGAUCUCUUUUACAAUAAGGUGAAGGAGUGUUUUGAACCAGUUUCUUACACCUUUUCCUAUAUUUUGAAGGUUUGUGCUUCGUUAUCAGAUCUUCAGCAAGGAAAACACAUCCAAAAGUUGGUUAUAGAAUAUGGGUUUGAAUCUGAUAUCUUAGUCUGCAAUUCCCUCAUCUGCUUUUGUGGGAAAUGCGGAGAUCUAUUUCAUAGGAUUCAAUUGUUUGAGAGAAUGCCUCAGAGGGAUAUAGUUUCGUGGAAUUCGAUAACUUCAGCUUAUAUACAGAAUGGAUUUUAUUGGGAAGCCAUGAUGAAAGUCCGGGAGGUGAUCCAAGAAUUAUGCAGCCAACUGCUAUAUUUUUAGAGUUGGAAAGGUGAAUAUUAUGCAGCGAUCUAGGCUUUGGUUGCAGCUAAAAAUAGAAGUUGUUCUUCUUUUCAGAAAAAAAGACGAAGUGGAGUGAAGGGGAUGUGGAGAACUGUGGAUUCUCUCAUCAAAUCACAAAAUGGAAUUCAAAUGGGUAGUUGGUCUUCUCUUUACCCUUCUCUUCCUCUAUGUCUGCUUCUUUCUUCUCUUUCUCCUUCUUUUUCUUCUAUAGCUACUGAAACACAUCCGCGAACUAGUCCUAUUGAAUUGUUCAAGAAUUAUGGAGAAGAGGAUGGUCGCACAUCAAGUACAGGCACCUCCAUUAGUGUUGAGGAAGGAUUACGCCGAUACCAUCUAUUGGUUCAUUCACAACCCUUUCCAACCGUUGUUGCUUUCAAUCAACUAUUUGGGGCACUUGCUAGAUGCAAACACUAUUCCACUGUGUUUUCUCUGUAUAAAAAUAUGGAUUCCUUGGGAAUACAGCCCGAUGUCUUUACACUGAACAUCUUACUCAACUGUUUCUGUGGGUUGAAUAGGCCAGAUUUGGGCUUCUCUGUCUUUGGUAUCAUCUUGAAACGUGGUUUUGAACCAGAUAUUGUCACAUUGAAUACCCUACUUAAGGGGCUCUGCAUGGUGGAUAAAAUUGCAGAGGCCAAAGACUUCUUCCAGAAGAUAGUCGAAGAAGGUUACCCUUAUGAUGAAAUCACGCACGGAACCAUAAUCAAUGGGCUAUGCAAGACGGGAAACACUUAUGAGGCUCUUGAUAUGCUUAGCAAGAUGGAACUCAAGGGUAAACAUAAGGCUAGUGUUACCUCAUAUAAUGCAAUCAUCCAUAGUCUUUGCAAAAAAAGAAUGGUAAAUGAGGCCCUAAACCUAUUAUCUCGUAUGGCCCAGAAACACAUCUCCCCAAAUGUUGUCUCCUACAACAGUUUGAUUCAUGUGCUUUGCAAUUUAAGUAUGUGGAAAGAAGCGGCAAAUUUGUUCCACAAAAUGGUAAACCAUGAAAUCACACCAGAUGUCGUUACCUUCAACACUAUGAUAGAUGGUCUUUGCAAAGGCGGAAGGACUUCUGAAGCACAUGAAUUGUUUGAAUUGAUGCUUCAAAGAGGACAGGAGCCUGAUGUUUUCACUUUCAACUCUUUGAUUCAUGGCUUAUCCAAUUCUGGUCAAUGGGAAGAAGCCAUUGGAUUUCUAAAUAAAAUGUUGGGAUUAGGAGUGUCUCCCAAUGUCUUCACUUUCAACAUUUUGAUAGAUGGUCUUUGCAAAGACGGAAGGACUGCUGAAGCACAUAAAUUGUUUGAAUUGAUGCUUCAAAGGGGACAGAAUCCUAAUGUUUUCACUUUCAACUCCUUCAUCCAUGGCCUAUCCAAUUCUGGCCAGUGGGAAGAAGCCGUUGGGUUGCUAAAUAAAAUGUUGGGACUAGGAGUCUCUCCCGAUGUCCCGACUUUCAACAUUCUGAUAGAUAGUCUUUGUAAAAACGGAAGGACUACUGAAGCACAUAAGCUGUUUGAAUUGAUGCUUCAAAGGGGACAUAAGCCUGAUAUUGUCACUUUCAACUCUUUGAUUCAUGGCCUAUGCAAUUCUGGCCAAUGGGAAGUAUCCAAUGGAUUGCUAAAUAAAAUGUUGGAACUAAGAGUCUAUUCUGAUGUCUUGACUUUCAGCAUUCUGAUAGAUGGUCUUUGCAAGGACGGAAGGACUUCUAAGGCACAUAAGUUGUUUGAAUUGAUGCUUCAAACAGGACAGAAACCUGAUAUUGUCACUUUCAGCUCUAUGAUUCAUGGCCUGUGCAAUUCUGGCCAAUGGAAAGAAGCGACUGGGUUGCUAAAUAAAAUGUUGAAACUAGGAGUCUCUCCUGAUGUCGUGACCUUCAACAUUUUGAUAGAUUAUCUUUGCAAAGACGGAAUGACUGUUGAAGCACUUAAGUUGUUUGAAUUGAUGCUUCGAAUAGGACAGAAGCCUAAUGUUGUCACUUUCAGCUCUUUAAUUCACGGCCUCUGCAAUUCUGGCCAAUGGAAAGAAGCCACUGGGUUGCUAAAUAAAAUGUUGGAACUAGGAGUCUCUCCUGAUGUUGUGACUUUCAACAUUCUGAUAAAUCAUCUUUGCAAAGACAGAAGAACUGCUGAAGCACUGAAGUUGUUUGAAUUGAUGCUUCGAAUAGGAAAGAAGCCUAAUGUUGCCACUUUCAGCUCUUUGAUUCAUGGUCUAUGCAAUUCUGGCCAAUGGAAAGAAGCCACUGGAUUGCUAAAUAAAAUGUUGGAACUAGGAGUCUCUCCUGAUGUUGUGACUUUCAGCAUUUUGAUAGAUGGUCUUUGCAAAGACGGAAGGACUGCUGAAGCACUUAAGUUGUUUGAAUUGAUGCUUCGAAUAGGACAGACUCCUGAUGUUGUCACCUUCAGCUCUUUGAUUCAUGGCCUAUGCAAUUCUGGUCAAUGGAAAGAAGCCAGUGGGUUGCUAAACAAAAUGUUGGAAGUAGGAGUCUCUCCGGAUGUUGUGACUUUCAGCAUUUUGAUAGAUGGUCUUUGCAAAGACGGAAGGACUUCUGAAGCACUUAAGUUGUUAGAAUUGAUGCUUCAAAUAGGAAAGAAGCCUGAUGUUGUCACUUUUAAUUCUUUGAUUCAUGGCCUAUGCAAUUCUGGCCAAUCAGAAGAAGCCAUUGGAUUGUUAAACAAAAUGUUAGGACUAGGAAUAACGUGACCUUAAGUGUUUUGGUUUUUGAUGUAGAUGAUUCUAUCUAGUGGAAAGAAAUCACUAAAUUGUGGAAUGAAUUGUUGGAUUAAGGAAACUCACCUAAUAUAGUUACCUUCAAUA